AAAAAACAGCCUUGAAUAUACAGCUUUGGAUUUAGGACGUAUUUCACAUAUUCAAAAUGGCUCCAGUUCCAGAGCAGAAGAAACGGUCACGGCCGGUGCCGACUUCAAGUCAGCGGUCUAAAAAGCGUCAAAAGACAGGGUCUGCGCCAGAUGCCGUACAGAAACGUCCUGUUGCGUUGGAUGCCCUGCCGUGGAAUGAGGUUGAAAUGCCGGAUAUGUUUGAGGAUGCGGAAGGAUUCUUUGGACUUGAAGAAGUAGAGGGUGUUGAUGUUGUUCGUGAAGGAGGUACUGUUAAAUUUGUGUCUGCCACGGCUCAGGCGCCCGAUUACGAUGACGAAUUCGAAGGGUUCUCAGACAAUGAUGAAGUUGAACCUGAAAAGGAAGCUCAAGUUGAUAAUACAAAGGCAACAAAAUCUGCGAAGGAGAAGAAGGAGAAGGAGGAGAAGAAGGAAGAAAAGAAGGUCAAGAAGGAAAAAUCCAAAAAGCAGAUGAGCGGAACCGAAGAAACAUCGCAUCUAUCUUCAAGUGAGUUGAAAACAAACGUAUUCAAAGUCCUUGAAGAAGAUGCCGCAAAAGAGGAAACAGACGUGUCGGCGUGGGCAGAGCUGGACCUAUCAUCAAUUACUCUCUCGGCAUUAUCAAAGAUAGGUUUUGCGAAACCGACCCCUAUACAGUCAGCCGCGAUACCGGAAAUUCUUGGAGGUCAUGAUGUUAUAGGAAAGGCGUCAACGGGAUCAGGAAAAACGUUGGCGUUCGGCAUACCGAUACUAGAGAGCUGGCUUGAAUUAUAUGGGGAAUUGGACGAGGAAGAGAAGAAGAACACCAGGCCGCCAACGGCUUUGAUAUUGUCCCCUACCCGAGAGCUGGCGCAUCAAUUGACCGAACAUAUCAAAGCAUUAUGCGCUGAAAUGCCAAAUGCUCCAUACGUUGCGGCUGUCACAGGUGGUCUGUCUGUUCAAAAGCAACAGAGACAAUUGGCGAAAGCGGACGUCGUGAUCGGUACUCCAGGUCGUCUUUGGGAGGUUAUGAGUUCAAGCACAACUCUAUCCCAGUCGUUUAAGCAGAUCAAGUUUUUGGUGAUUGAUGAAGCGGACAGAUUACUCACUGAGGGCCAUUUUAAAGAGGUUGAAGAGAUCCUCAGCGCGCUUGACCGACAAGAGGUUGCCAGCGAAGAUGAUGAGGAAAGAAUUCCGACCCGCCAAACUCUAGUAUUCUCUGCCACCUUCCAUAAAGGUCUACAGCAAAAGCUGGCCGGGAAGGGGAAGCAGGGUUUAAUGGACGGCAAGGAGUCGAUGGAGUAUCUUUUGAAGAAACUCAACUUCCGCGAAGAUAAACCCAAGUUUGUUGAUGUCAACCCAGUCUCCCAAAUGGCAGAAGGAUUAAAAGAGGGCAUGGUUGAGUGUGCUGGCACCGAAAAGGACCUCUAUCUUUACUCCCUACUUCUUUACCAUCCGAACCAGCGCACGCUGAUUUUUACGAAUUCUAUACAUUCCGUCCGACGUCUGACACCCUUCCUGCAGAAUCUUAAUCUCCCAGCACACGCUCUCCAUUCUCAGAUGGCACAAAAAGCCCGAAUGCGAUCUAUAGAGCGGUUCUCAUCACCAAAGGAAACGGGUUCGAUUCUUGUCGCUACGGAUGUUGCAGCCCGAGGGCUCGAUAUUGGAGGAGUCCAGCUUGUCAUCCAUUACCAUCUCCCUCGCACGGCGGACAUGUACGUACAUCGAUCAGGACGUACAGCUCGCGCCGAAGCUUCAGGGUCCAGCAUUCUGCUCUGUGCUCCAGAAGAAGUCGUGGGUAUGCGACGACUUGUUGCGAAAGUGCAUGCACAGAAUGCGAUCGCAGGUGGAGGCAACAAGUCAAAGUACUACAUGAGAUCCUUAGACCUGGAUCGUAGAGUUGUUGCAAGACUCAAGCCUCGAGUGACUUUGGCCAAACAGAUCGCAGAUAGUGCCUUGGCUAAAGAGAAGAAAGGCCAUGAUGAUGAUUGGGUGAAGGCUGCGGCAGAGGAGCUUGGUGUUGAUUAUGAUAGUGAGGAAUUUGAGGCAGCUAGUGGCGGACGAAAGGGGAGAGGAACUGGGAGAAAACUGAAGGAGAAAGAGGCGAGAGCUCUGACAAAGAGCGAAUUAGGAGCGCUGCGUGCGGAAUUGAAGAGCCUUUUGGCUCAGCGCAUCAAUGUUGGUGUUAGUGAGAGGUACUUGGCUUCUGGAACAGUCGACAUCAACGAGUUAUUGAAGGGUGCGAAGGGUGAUUUCUUAGGCAAGGUGGAUGGUAUUGGCAUGGAAGUUUAAUUACCGUAGUCGACAAAAUACAAACAGGACUUCAAGUCAUC